GAAGAUGCGUCGGCCGGGGCAGGAGGAUGAGGGACCCGGCCGCCGGGUAUGGCACGGCCCAGGCCGUGGAGGUGACAGGUGAUGGCGUGACCCGGGCAGGCCCAAGGAAGUGACAGCGGGACGGGCGUCCGCCUCUGCUCGCACCGGCGGAGCCCAGCGGUGAUGUGACGCACGGCCCCGCAGGUCACCGGGCAGUGGUGACACCGGGUGGUGGCUCCGGCCGGGGCUGCUGCCGCUCACUGCUGGGAUUUUGUGUGUGUUUGUGUUUGUGCUUUUCCCAUUUGCUUUUGUGCCUGAGGAUGGCCGAGGGGGAGGGACUUGCUAAUGUGUUUCAGACAGAAACUUUCAAACCAUCAAAAGCUUCACCCGCGCCCAGAAACAGGCACUUGGGUGAAGUGCAGUGGCUGGGUGCUACUUCUGCUCGGUGCAAGUGAUUUCCUGCAAAAGGGACUCAUAGGGGUACUAAGGGGAACUGCUGGCCAGCGGGUGUUGCUGGAUUUGGGUGAUGGUGGUGAUGCUGAAGGACCUCAGAUGGACAUCCCCUGCAGCCACCAGCUGCACUCAGAGCACUGCAGAGGGGCAGGGGAGGCAGCGACAUGCAUGGCAUCUCCACUGGCACAGGGUGGCCAUCCUUACCCCAGUGGUCAUGUCACCUGCCAGGUGCUUCCCUCUUGCUGAUUCCCCUUUCUCCCAGAGGAGCCUUUUCCCAUGCCCAAAAGUUUCUCUUAGCGCACAACCCUGAGCUCCUUUUGAUGGCUGUCACCUGUGAUGGCCUCGCUGCACCCCUACUGCCCCCCAUGCCACUCACCCCACAGCUCACUUGCCUUUUUGGCAUUACCUCCAUCACGCCGAGCCAUCAGUUAAUUAUUGACAAUAAGCGGAGCGAAUCAAUGGAUGAUGUGUGCUGAGAUGAUUGCAAAGUGCUGGGGCCACGCAGCAUUCCCUGCUGGAGUGUGUGUGUGCUGCUGCUGACCUGGUCCACAGUGACUGAUACGUGUUGAAGUGUGGAAUCAGUUCCCCUUUUCCAAUUCAUGGCAAAUGUGCCAGCGGUCAGGCUGUGCCCAGCACCUCCUUGGGAGGAGUUGUGAUAGAGUAAAGCUUGACCUGCAAAGAUGCUGUGGCUGUCCUGGCCUCCUCCAGUGCAUCCCAGCGCCGCUCACAGCUGGGACCUGCCAAUGUCUGUUUCUCUCAUCACCGGCUGCAAAAUGCACCAAAACGCAGUGGAAGCAUGGAAAGGCACACGGCACAGGCUGUUGGCUGGUGUCAGCGGGUGUGACUCAAAUCGAGUAAGAAGUUUGGAUAUGACUGAAGACAAUGGGCUGAUUUCUGCUCUCUGGCUCUGGGGCAAUUCCUCUGGGAUCCCCGGGGUUGUAUUGAUGGUCAUGGAGUGGCACUUGGCUCUUGCUAGGAGGUUUAUUGGCUUUUAUUUUUCGUAUGAGCUAAAAAUUAGAGGGGGAAAAAAAUCAAAGCAGUAUUUGAUGGGGAAAGCAAAGAAGUUUCAAACCUCCAAAACCAGCCAGAAAGGGCCUCACUGAUGGGACAGAAGUGAUCAGCAGUGAUAGUGGGACUGCAGGUCCAGGAUGGGAGCGCUCAGGAGCGAUGCUCAGCCCCAGGAUGGAGCGUUAGGAAACGAUGCUCAGCUCAUCCCUUGCUCCCAUUGCUGCCCGUGCACUGCUGCUGGGUGUGAGCAUGCUGGGUGUCUGCUCCCCGGCAGGACCUUCCCUGCAUGUUGUCCUUCACAAGUAGCACAGGAGGGGAGGGCACUGGCCCAUUUGUUCCCGUGGAUGAGCUGCAAUUUGGGGAAAGACUGCAGGGACCCCACUGGGUGCCCACUCCCAGAGCCGCUGCAGCUCAUACCCAGAUCUUCUGCUUCAGGAGUUCAAAGGAGUGGAAUAAAUGAUUCCUGCGUUCGGCACUGAAUGCCAGAGAACCUGUUGCCAAGAAUGAAAUUUCUCAUUUGAUUUGAUUAACCUUUGUGUCUGCACAAACAACCCAAUAUUUGUCACUGGCUGAACACUUGCUGGAGGAGUUUGCCAGCUCGUCUGGGAGCAUCUGGUCUGCAUGCCAUGCACAGUUAUGCUCUCCUGCGCAGGAAGUCCCUGUUGUCACCUCUGAAAGGACACCUCAAGGGACAGCACAGCGUCCCACACUGUGAUAGCAGUGCUCUGGGGUUGGGGGCCUGCAGCCCCUUUCCCCAUGGUGUGGGUUCAGGGGAGCUGCUCCCCGAGCACCGCAAUCCCACCGGGCACCUGGGCAGGGUGAGUGGGGAUGUUCAGGGGGCACAUCUUUGGCUUGGAUUGAGCUGAACGAUGCAGACAGGGUUAUGUGAGAGGCAUCAGAGGCUGACAAGACACAUCUGUGUUUUAAAAAAUGUAUGCACGUGGGAGAGAAGUGUUAAGCAGAGGUGAAAAGAAGGCAGCAGGUGGCACUUCCUGCAGUCGCACUGCUCGUGUCUGGCUGAGCAUCAGCAUCACUUCCCUGGCACUGUCCAUAGUCUUCAGGCUGCAUGUGACCAUGGGGGCCAGCAGGACCUGCUCCCAAAGCCCUGACACCCCUAGGGCAGGUUUGGUCCCUUGAUGCAGCUGAGCUCUGCAGCAAGAUCUGAGUUGAGGGCUAUAGUGCUGCAUCCAGACGCUGCUCACUGGUCCCCAGUCCCACACUUGCUCAGACCAGCAGUGAAUUUUGUCUGCAUUGCAAGAAACUUUUCCAAACCAGACAGGCUGAGCCCCUCCUGCAAGGUGCAUCCCUCAUCGUGCUGCAUUGUACCGGGCUGUACAGCCCACAGCACUGCACCCGGGUGGCUCACUCCAAGCAGCUGUGUUAUCUGCCUUCAUUCAAGUGUGAGGUUUGGGUUCAGUGUCUGAGGAUACUUGAAAUGAACUUGGGCAGAAGCAGCCACUCCAUGGCCUUAAUCCUCCUGAAGCAGAGGGGUCUCCUGCUGGUUGCUUCUGCAGGGAGCAUGACCGGGCCUUCCGUGAUAAUUUCUGAUGUUCAUUAUUUAUAGAGAAACCAAAUUGAAUUAUUAAUACAGAAAAUUUAGAUAACAUUAGCAAUUCUCGGUUUAUAACAGUUUCCCAUUAAUAAGGAAAAUUGGAAAUUUAUCACUACAUCUGUUCAUUAAAACUCACUAUUUUUUUUUGCUUUUGGUGUCUUAAAUGAAAGCAUAGAAAUAAACGAAGAGGAAAAGCCAUUUACUCUGUUACUUCUCUGGACGAAGCCAGCCCAUAAGUUUUAAUAAAGUCCUUGCUGUUAUACGUGGAGAGGAAACCAGCUCAUCAUGAAAGCAGCUUUUCAACCAUGUCUUUUGCAUUGCUCAGCCAGAGGACAGAUACUCAGAAACCUAUCUUGUUUCUGCCCUUUGUGACAAUGCUUCAGCUGUCAGAUUUCUAAUUUCCCUCCAUUCCAGCAGCUCUCCUUGCUUUCAGCAUGUGUUCUUCCCAGCUCCAUGUGACUUCUAACGCAUCCCCUGCUUGUUUCAGAGAUGGCGGAUUCCUAUGCUUGUAAAGGUGGAAGGAAGACUGCAGGUUCCACCAAACCCAGCAAAGAGAGCAGGGCAGAGGCGAGGCUGAACCCUCCAGCAGAGCUCCCCAGGCUGGGAAAUGCAACCAGUGACAAAACCGAGGGCAAGAAGAAAGGACGACCCAAGGCCGAGAACCAGGCACUGAAAGACAUCCCUCUCCCACUGAUGAACCAGUGGAAGGAUGAAUUCAAAGCCCACUCCAGGGUGAAAUGCCCCAAUUCAGGCUGCUGGCUGGAGUUUCCCAGCAUUUAUGGCUUGAAGUACCACUAUCAGCGCUGCCAAGGGGGCGCAAUCUCAGAGAAGCUGACGUACUCCUGCUCGUACUGCGAAGCUGCCUUCAGUUCCAAAACCCAGUUGGAAAAACAUCGUCUCUGGAAUCACUUGGACCGACCAGUGCCAGCCAGCAAAACAGAAAGCAAAGUGCACAAGGCCAUUGGGAAGAGCAGUGGCAAGAAAAGAGCUGCUGAGAGUUCAGCUUGCCCCACCAUCCAUCCCAAACAGGCAAAGACGGAAAAAGCCGUGUCCCAGGAUCAUGCUGAGAAUGGCGAAUGCCCGGCGGAGAGCCGGGAGAGCAAGGAGUUUCAGAUCGCCGCAGCAGAGGCGAUUGCAGCUGCCACCCCCACAGCAAAGUCCUCGAGUGGCAAGGAUGGCGGGCAGCAGGGGGGCAGCCAGGCAUCACUGCAGGAGGAGGACCCGGAGAGGAUGAAGCACAGAAGGAAACAGAAAACUCCUAAGAAGUUUACGGGGGAGCAGCCGUCCAUCUCGGGAACAUUUGGACUAAAAGGUCUCGUCAAAGCAGAGGACAAGGCGAAAGCCCAUCGAGCCAAGAAGCUGGAGGGGAGCACCAACAUGGAGGAGCUGAAAAAGAAACCUCCAGGAGCUGGUGUGAAGAAGGAAGCAGCUGUGCACCUACCAGCAGCAAAUCCCGAGGACCAGUGGCAGCGGGAAAUCAGUGAGAAGGGAGAAGUUGCCUGUCCAACCUGCAGUGUUAUAACCAGGAAAACCAUCGUUGGGCUCAAAAAGCAUAUGGAUGUCUGCCAGAAACUGCAGGACGCCUUGAAGUGUCAGCACUGCAAAAAGCAGUUCAAGUCCAAAGCUGGGCUGAAUUACCACACCAUGGCUGAACACGUCAGCAAGCCUGUUCCUGUGGAAACCGCUGCCCUUGGUGAACAGGAAGAGCGGGAAAGGCUGAGGAAAGUGCUAAAGCAGAUGGGAAAACUGAAAUGCCCCAAUGAGGGCUGCGCAGCCAACUUCUCCAGCCUGAUGGGCUACCAGUACCACCAGAAGCGCUGUGGGAAGCAACUCGCCGAGGCUGACAAGCCUGUCUUCAGCUGCCCUCACUGCGGGAAGAAAUACAAAUCCAAGGCUGGCCACGAUUACCAUGUACGGUCAGAACACCCGGCCUCAGUGAGCCCCCCAGACACCUCUGCAACCCGAGAAGUGGGGCCAUCCCUCCCUGGGGGUGACUGCAGAGCUGCAGAGCCUGUGGGCAGGAGCGAGCCAGGCAGAGCCGGGCCAGGCAAGCCGCCAGAGGAGCCAGAGGUGAAGCCAGAGCCCACCCCCAUAGAGGAUUUUGAAAGGACCCCGAGUGGCCGCAUCCGUCGCACAUCAGCUCAAGUGGCCGUGUUCCACCUUCAGGAGAUAGCAGAGGAUGAGCUCGCCAGGGACUGGACCAAACGGAGGAUGAAGGACGACCUGGUGCCCGAAACUAAGCGGGCCCCUCACUGGACCCAGGGAGAGGUGAGAUGCUGGGGGCCAGCAGCAGAUUGCCUCUGCACCAAUGCCAUCUCUGCAAGAUCUGCAGCAUCCCAGAUGGAUCGAUGCUUCCCAGCUCCAGGCAGCUCCCAGCAAUGGUUGGAUGUGCCCAGGCUGCUCGCCGUUUGCUUCAGAGCUCUGUCCCCAAGCUCCCAGUGACCCACUGCAACCCUCAUGCCACAGCUGUUCCUGGCUGGGGAGGGAUUGUGGCUCCGGAUCCCGUUGGUGGCCCAUGGUGAGAUGCAUUCGCCUUUUCCCAGGAGGGUGGAUUCCUUCGCACCAAAGCAAUGGCAUCAGAAUAAACGAUUGCUGCUCAGAUCCCAGGCCCUGCAAUGCCUUCAUUCUGCACUAACCAAAUCCAGCACUUCUAAAUAUACACUGGAGUCUUAUUUUCUCGCACUGAUCUUUAUUUGCCUCUGGAUAAGCUGAAACAGAUGGGGUAUUUCACAACGGCCGCUUGCUGAGGAUGUCAGAUGGGGAAGGACACACCCCUGCUGCUUUUCUGGGAAAAAUCCCCUUUCAGAAGCUCCAUGAAGAUGUUGCCGAUCCUCUGAGUCUCCUCUGGCCUUUGCUGGAGCCAUCCUGCACCCUACUCACUGUACCAUACACCUACCCACUGUAAGGCUCAACUCUGCCCCUGUGCUGCUGAGGGAGGAUUCCAGCUUUGGGCAGGAGGGGCGAGAGGUUGGGAGUUACCACCUGGGCUGGGCCCUGCAAUCCCUGUCUGCAGAGGAAUGCCCUGACCCUUUUUGGAGGCUGGCUUCAGAGAAGCAGCCCCAUAGAGAAGAGGUGAGAUGGGAUAAAACGCUGUGGAAACCCAGCUUAGGUCAUGGUUUGAUGCUUUCUCUGCAUCCCUGUGAAACAGCUUGUGCUCUCAGAGGUUUUUAGGGGAAGGAUGUCUUUUUGCCACAGUGAGCUCUGGCCCCAUAUCCUGGUUCUUCUUGGACUCUUCAGGGAACAGUUUGCUUUUGUGCUCGCUCCUGGAGAGAGCUGCCUGCCUGCUCUACUCAAGCUGCUUUAGACUGCUGAGUUAAUGAGUUAUUAAUCGGUGACAGCUCCAGGUGGGGUGCCUCAUUUCUGGUUGCAGCGAGAAGGGAAGGUCUGGUCCCAGAUGAGCUUUGUGCCAGAGCUAUUGGGUUCAUGUGGUGGGAGGGAGGGGCAGAGGGGGGCACACAGCCACCCCAUCCCCAGCCUUUGGGGUCUGCUCAUGGCACGGGGUCUGCAUGGCACUGCAGUGCCAGGCUGCUCUCACACGUGGCCAGGCAGGCCAGGGCUGUGAGUCCUGGCAGAGUCACUGCUCUCAGCAAAGGGCUGGUGUAGGCCAGUUUGAAAGCUGGAGGGCAAAAGUCAUCUGCGGGCUCGAGUCUUUAAGAAAACCCCAUACUGGAACCAGAAUACAUUCUAGACCAGAAAAAUCUGGCUGAGGUCUAUCUCCCAACACAAUGGCUCUGCAGUCCCCCCAGAAGUCCUGAAGCUGGGCUGAGCGCUGCAAACUCAUCUCACUGGUGAGCUGAGCCAGAUCCCAGUGCAAGGUCGGGUGAGGACCACAUGGGGACCUGUCCUCCCUCCCUGCCCUCUCUCGAGAGCCCUGGCUGGGUGGCAGAGCUGCCCUGUGCAUUGCAGCAGCUUCCAGCCCACCGUCGACUGUGCUUUGGCUUUGCCUCCAGGAUGGAAUGAGCUGUGGUUUCCGUGGGGCAGGAGCACGGGGCGACCCGAGGGGCUGAGGACCCCGUACCGCGGCAGGUCUGUUGGAGGGGAAGAUGUUGGCUGGGGCCGAGGCAGAGCACAUGGUUCUCAUUUGUUGCAAUAUAUUUUGGGGAAGGGGAGAGCUGUCUGGGGAGCAGAGAGGAUGGAAAUAUGAAAGUUAAUUAAAUAAAACUGUCAGUCAAAGAGAACGAGCCUUCCCACCCUAGCAUCCUUCAACUGUUCAGGGGAGAUGGGCCGUGGCCAAAACCAGUUGUAGUCGUUUAACGAUUUGGCCAUGAAGAUUUUCACUUACGGGCUGUUUGAGGAAAAUAAAUGGUAGAAAAUAAAAUAUUCCAUGCCUGGGGCUCCUUCUUAAUAGAGACAUAAAGAUGGCUUUGACAUUCCUAGAACCGCAGCGCCCUGGGAAGACGUGGGAUGUGCAUGUUAUUGUGCAGUGCCUGUUGGAGCGGAGCGGGGAGGGAUUCUUCUCUGCAGUGGGAUCCGGAGCAGCGGAAUCCGCAUCUCUGAGCAUCUCCCCCCACCUCCUCCUUGGGGACACGCAGAGGGAGAGGUUGUUGCUGGGGCUGUGUGCGGUUACCAUUAAUGUUUGCUCAUUCAUGGGAUUGAUUGGCUUUUAAUUAAGGAGGCCGGCUGGCAUCCCAGCUCUCAGCAUCAAUGACAAAAAGGGAGCCCUGUGUUCUCCCCCGGAGGUGGCAUUGCCUUCCCCGAGUGGUUGACGAGCACCAUCCCAGUGCUUCAAAGAGCUCUGCUGGCAUCCUCGUGGCUGCAGAGCACGACAGAACCACAGCACACCAGGCCUUGGGGCAUAUUUCCACAUCCAUCCUUAGUAACGUCCCUACCGCCGUUUCGCAAGUCCUUUUGCCCCUUCUCCCUUCCCUGGCUGCGUGCCGAGGUGAGGGCAGAGGGGACCUCCUGAGUUGAUGUGACAACAUCUACAGCCAACCCUCGCCAUCACUGGUACCUCAGGCUCAGUGGCAAGGAGGAGGAGGUUUUGGAGCAGCACGACCCAGCUGGACAAAGGCAAAUCUGCUGCUUAUCAGCACGUCCAGGAAAAGUCACAACUGGGAAAGAAAUACAGCCAGCCACCUCCCUGCAUUGUCAGAAACGGGAGUGCAGAGUUUGAUGUGCACACUUGGAUGAAACAGCUUGGGUUUGCACUUCUCUGCAAGCGUGGUUUGUGCACGUCUCCUCUCUGGAGAGCAGGGAUAUAUCAGUGUGCCAGUAGAGCUGCAGGGCCCUAAAGCUGCUCAGGUACCUGCACCCACUCACUGCGACCUGUAAGCUCACCCUGCCAUGCUCUGCCACCGAGCAAACUGGGAGUUCAGGACAUGAUCAGCGUCCCUGCAGAGCUCCUGUUGGCACACAUAUGGCCAAGGGCAGCUCUGUGCUGCAGCCCCAUGGAGCAUAUAGCCACAGGUAGGGCCAUGUGCCGCAGCAGGCACUGGGCAUGAGGUGCCACAGCUGCUCCUGUGUGUGCUGAACAUGCAGAAAGAGAGCGGGAAGGGCCAGCCCGCUGUGCUAAACCUCCAAGUCACUAAUAAAGUAGUAAUUAAAAGCACUUGGGAAGAGCUGCCCUGCCAGGAGAGGCAGAGACACAAGAGCCUUUCAUUGUUUAAUAGGCUCUGCUCAUUAUUGGGGUGGAAGGCAGCCAUGCAGGCUCUUCAAACUUGGCAUCAUCCCUUCUGCCCAGUGUGCAGAGCUGUUUGUUCUGUGGGUUAUGAAACAUGGCCGAAGGGCAGCUGUGACACAGGGCACCAAUAGCACAGGGCCUGGCCCCGUGCAGCACUGGGGUAUGUGCCCAGGGAGCAGGAGCACGAGAGACUUUUGUCACCACAGAGGUGGCCACGGUUCUUGCCCUGCUAUUCCUGCUGUCCUGUCCCUUCACUGGUGGAAGGAGAGCCACUCCCAGGGGCUGACAUCCUGUAGGGCAGCUUCCCAAAGCGUUUUUGGCCUCUCUUUACUUCCAUGGUAGGG